AUGACUUUACGGGCGCUGGAGAAUGGUGAGAGAGGCAAAAAUAGUUGUGGUAUUCGAAAUCAUGACUAUCCGCUUGCUGAGGUGCCCGAUAUUGCGGAUUCGCAAGUUUGGAAGCAAGUUGAGGAGUUCUUCACCAAAGUUCAUGCCCCGUCAUUUGGCCAGCUGAGCAACGCUGAGGACUUGGCUGUAUCACCUGACGGCACAAGCCUCGCAUUUACUGGGCACAUCUGGAGCUCGCUGAAGGACGGUCCCAAAACACAUGCUUACAUUGUUGACCUUCCCACUGGAUCAAUCAUGUCAGCAGAUCCUGUGCCUGUGGCUGCUUCUCAUGGCCCGCAUAACAAUAAGAAACCCAAGUGGUCUCCCGACGGGAAGACGCUGGCCUUCCUAUCGGACAGAAUUCGAGCGGGGCAAUAUCAAUUGUUCUACUUGCGAUCCGAUAGAAUUGGAGAAGCGCAGCCCUUGAUUUCGGAACCUCUCCAAGGCAUCAUCGAAGAUUUUUCUUGGUCGCAUGAUGGUAGCGCAAUACUUCUAGGCCUCGCGGCGUUCGGUCUGCCCAAAUCUGGCUUCGAGGGUUCUGGAACGCUCGUUGACCUGGAUGUCUCUCGAUCACAGUGGACCCCGAUUGUGAAAACAGACCAUACUGCGAUGGACGUCCGCAGUCUUUGGCUCCAUGAUGUACGAAGCCACCAGACGCGCCGGAUUAGCCUCCCCGGAAUAAACAUUUGGCGGUUCGCCUGGUGCGGUCCGCAGGAUGCGGUUGCGAUUGUCAGCGAUCGGCCUGGCGAAGGAGCGUACAAGGAAUCUUCUCUUGUCAAAAUAUCACUCUCGGAUUGCAUAGAACAUGUUAUGGUUGAUGCAGGGGAAUACUUUUUGGCGCAGCCAACUGCUUCACCUUCGGGUUCGAAAGUUGCUUUUGUUGAAUCUGUCGGCGGGGACCGCACCAAGCUCGCUGGCUGUAUCGUCUGCGUCGACAGCAAGACAAAUAAGCAGACGCGAAUCGCCUCCAAUGUCGACAUUUCAAGUCUUGAGUGGGUCAAUGAGGAGACUUUAUUUAGUAUGGGCUUGAGAGACCUCACAUCGGUGGCUCUUGAGGUUAACGUGCUCACCCAUGAGGUACGUGAACUGUGGUCGACAGGCAAUGCUUGUGGCCCUUCUUACCCUCAGCCAGCUGGCCUCCCUGGCGGAGGAUUCGCUGUAGUCAGACAGGGCUGGGAGCUACAGCCGGAAAUUGGAUUGGUUAGCGAGGCCGGCGCAUAUACCCAAAUACUCUCUUUCGAAGACGAUGGUGGACGCUGGCUUCGGCCCCAGCUGGGCCAGAGCCACGCAGUCUCUUGGGAGUCUACAGACGGCUUAGAAAUCCAGGGGUUUCUAUACCUCCCUCCCAAAGGACAGAAACCAUACCCUCUGAUUCUCAAUGUUCAUGGAGGUCCCAUGAGCGCCUUUGUUGAUCAGUGGAUGGGAUAUCGAACUUGGGUAGCCUUUUUAGUAGCUCAAGGAUAUGCGGUCCUCAACGCGAAUCCUCGAGGAUCCCUUGGACGAGGUCGAGAGUUUACACAAGGCGUAGUAGGGGACGUGGGGGGUGGUGAUGCGACCGAUCUUCUGAGAGGGCUUGAUCAUCUUGUCAAUUCUGGUGUUGCAGAUGCAUCCAGAUUGGGUGUCAUUGGGGGUAGCUACGGUGGCUUUCAGUCAACUUGGCUGACCACUUUGACUAACAGGUUUGCCGCCGCAAUUCCUAUUUCUCCUGUUAACGACUGGAACUUGCAGUGGUUGUCCAGUGACCUUCGCCAGCGGACUCUCGACAAUCGUCCUUACGAUAUAGAGAGUCUGUAUUUUCGUCGAAGCCCGCUGAGAUAUGUCCACCGUUGCAGGACGCCAACCCUGCAACUGGUGGGGAAAGUAGACCAGUGCACUCCACCUGCCCAGGCACAUUACUAUCAUACUGCGCUUCAGGAUCAUGGAGUCAAAUCGUGUAUUGUGGAAUAUCCGAAAGAGGGUCAUGGAAUUCGCCAAUUUCCCGCUUUAAUAGAUGCUUGUUGCAGAAUGGUUAGCUGGUUUGACUAUUUUAUGCCAGUAGAUAAACAACUUCAGUAAUA